AUGGCACCCGGUUACAGACGUGCCAACUUAACUGCAUACUUUUCGAUUUUGUCGAUCACCUUCUUAAUUUAUAAUCCCGAAGGUUUUUUCAUACAUAUGUAUGAAAAGUUUUACGGGAUUAAUGGAGGUUGGGGAGGGGAGCAGUGGGGAGAGGAGGAGGAAAGAUGUUUUCGGGGUCUUUCUUACCAUCGCGACGAAUAA